GUCUAAACUUCUCAAACUUUCUCUGCUGUUGUGUCAGCAGAAUAAAAUGCUAAGCCUUCUGUAAUAAGGAAGAAAUUAGUCAAUCGGGGAUUAAAAAAAAAUGGUUUAUAUGGUUAAUGUAUGGUACUAAUUUACAUUACUGAAGCUGGCAGCAAAAGCUGCUGUUCUAAGGAGGGUGGUACAAAGUUUCAGGUUGAGUCUGUGGUUCCCUCCCACCACCUUCCAACAUGUAUAUAAAUUGUCAGCUCUCCAGACUCUUUGCCAGUUUUCUCUUCUAGUCUUGCCAGAAGCAACAGAGGACUAAAGAUGAAGAUCUUUUUCUUAUUCACCUUUUCCGCGUUUUUGUUGUCUGCUUUUGAACAAGCAGCUGCUUCUGCUCACUAUGACAAGAUUUUAACUCAUAGUCGAAUAAGGGCACGCGACCAAGGCCCAAAUGUCUGUGCCCUUCAGCAAGUUAUGGGAACAAAAAAGAAAUACUUCAGCACCUGCAGAAACUGGUACCAGGGAGCCAUCUGUGGAAAGAAAGCAACUGUCUUAUAUGAGUGCUGUCCUGGCUAUAUGAAGAUGGAUGGUAUGAGGGGAUGUCCUGCAGUUGCUCCUAUUGAUCAUGUAUAUGGUACACUUGGUAUUGUGGGAGCUACCUCCACACAGCAGUAUUCUGACAUAUCAAAGCUGAGAGAAGAGAUUGAGGGACGAGGAUCAUUCACUUUCUUUGCGCCAAGCAAUGAAGCCUGGGAGCAAUUAAAUUCAGAAAUUCACAGGAAUUUGGUUGACAAUGUAAAUAUUGAACUGUAUAACGCUCUCCACCACCAUAUGGUAAACAAGCGCAUGUUGACAAAAGAUCUUAAGAAUGGCAUGACUCUGGUGUCUAUGUAUAAUGACCAGAAAUUGCUUAUUAACCAUUAUCCUAAUGGGGUUGUUACUGUUAACUGUGCCAGGGUCAUCCAUGGCAACCAGAUUGCUACCAAUGGUGUUGUUCAUGUCAUUGAUCGUGUCCUAACUGCUGUUGGAAAUACCAUUCAAGAUUUUAUUGAAGUCGAGGAUGAUCUUUCAUCUCUUAGAGCUGCUGCCAUCACAUCAGAUGUCUUGGACAUUCUUGGAAGGCCUGGUCAUUACACACUCUUUGCUCCUACUAAUGAAGCUUUUGAGAGACUUCCAAGGGGAGUCUUAGAAAGGAUCAUGGGUGACAAGGUGGCUUCCGAAGCUCUCGUGAAGUUCCAUAUUUUAAAUACUCUCCAGUGCUCUGAAGCCAUCACAGGUGGAGCUGUCUAUGAAACCUUGGAAGGAAAUACAGUUGAAGUUGGUUGUGAUGGUGAAAGUCUGACUGUGAAUGGAGUGAAGAUGGUGAAACGCAAAGAUAUUGUGACAAGCAAUGGUGUUAUCCACCUCAUUGAUGAAGUGCUAAUUCCUGAUUCUGCCAAGCAAGUCAUUGAGCUUGGGGGUGCCCAGCAGACUACUUUUACAGACCUGGUGGCACAGCUAGGACUGGCAUCUUCUCUAAGACCAGAGGGCCAAUACACUCUCCUGGCACCUCUGAAUGGUGCUUUCUCAGAUGAUACCUUAAGGAUGGAUCAACGCCUUCUUAAAACGAUCCUGCAGAAUCACAUUAUAAAAGUGAAAGUUGGGCUCAAUGAACUGUACAAUGGACAAGAGCUGGAGACAAUUGGAGGAAAACUCCUUAGAGUCUUUGUGUAUCGCACAGCUGUAUGUAUUGAAAAUUCAUGCAUGGUCAGAGGAAGUAAAGAAGGAAGGAAUGGUUUUAUUCACAUCUUCAGACAGAUCAUCAAUCCAGCAGAAAAGACAUUGCAUGAAAUGCUGAGAAAUGAUAAGCGUUUUAGCAUUUUCCUCAGUCUGGUGAAAGCUGCGGAUUUAGAUGAUGUUCUGUCACAGCCUGGAGGAUGGACUCUGUUUGUUCCAACUAAUGAUGCCUUUAAAGGUUUGACUGAUGACGAUAAGGAUGUAUUGAUAAGAGACAAAAAUGCUCUCAGGAAUAUUCUUCUUUACCACUUGAUACAAGGAGUUUUCAUUGGAAGUGGCUUUGAGCCUGGUGUGACAAACAUUCUUAAAACCAUCCAAGGAGGGAAACUCUACUUGAAAACAGUGAAUGAUACUCUUUUGGUUAAUGAACUGAAAUCCAGAGAAUCUGAUCUCAUGGCAACCAAUGGUGUCAUUCAUGUUAUUGACAAACUCCUAUAUCCAGCAGAUCUGCCUGUUGGAAAUGAUCAGCUGCUCACAAUCCUGAAGAAGUUGAUUAAGUACAUUCAAAUUAAGUUUGUUCGUGACAGUACCUUCAAAGAGAUUCCACUGACGUUUUACAAAAUUAACAUAAUUGAAAGCAAUGUCCAGCCCAUCAUCAGGAAGGAAGACCCAUCUAUCACAGAGCUCACUAAAUUAAUUGAAGGGGAACCUGAGUUCAAAAUAGUCAGGGAAGGGGAGACAAUAACUAAAGUGAUUCAUGGAGAACCGAUUAUUAAAACAUACACCAAAAUCAUUGAUGGGCGACCUGUGGAAGUGACAGAGAAAAAAGUAACAGAAGAAAGAAUUAUUCAAGGUCCUGAAAUAAAAUAUACCAGAAUUACUGCAGGUGGUUCAGACAAUGAAGAAAAGUUAAAGAAAUUUCUUGAAGAAGAGGUUACCAAGGUGACCAAAUUUAUUGAAGGUGAUGGUCAUUUACUUGAAGAUGAAGAAAUCAAAAGACUUCUGCAGGGAGCUGGAACUGAGUACACCAAGGUUACUAAGGUAAUUGAGGGAGAGCCACAGAUUAUCGAGAGAGAAAUCAAGAAAGUCCAUCUGGAAGAAGCACCUGUACGGAAAGUACAACCAACCAGGAGGACACAAGGGGGAACAGCAAGAAGGAGGACAAGACUAGCUUUUCCCUAAAAGCUUUCCAAGAUAGAAUCCACAGAAUUGCAAAUAAACAGCAUGGUCUUUGAGAGGAAAAGAAACUGUUUUUAAAAAAGUGAGAACAUUACAAAACAACAUUGUUUCGAUAAUUUAAUGUAAACUGAACCAUGAAUCCACAAAAAGAUGUGAAGCUGCAGAUACUCACUGCUAGCACAGUGCUCACUAGGAGGAGUAGUCCAUUGGAGGUGCUCUAACUGCUCUUGAUAGUGAGCACUACGCAGGGUGGGAUCCUGGAACUGCUGAAGACCAUCAACUUCUGUAGAACCAGGAUUCCUUCUUAUGCUGGCUAGUAAGUGUUUGCAGGAUUGGAUUCAAAAAGAGCAGGGAACAAUACAGAGUGUAUUUUUUUAUUAUUAUUAUUUCCACUAAAUAAGAAAUAUAAAUGAAAUUAGAUAAUUUCUAGAAAAAAAUCACUUCAGGUGACUUUUAGAGUAAUCUAAGGAAAUACGAGAUUUUAAUGUAGCACUUUUGGUUCAGUAGUAUUGUAUACUUUUUAUAAGUCAAAACUGAUCAUGUGUUUAAUGUCAUAAUGACACCAGUAAUGUUACCUUUUCUAAACAAACAAAUAUGCCUUAUAUUAAAUGUAUCCUUGUUUUUGUUCUACAUUGCAUAUCCAAAUGCCUUCUAGGAACAUGGUUAAUGGAAGCUCUUGAAAAAAAAGCAAACAUUAUGAGCUUCUUGAAAUGUAUUUGAGAUCAUGUUGACUUCUUUGUUUAUAAGAAAAAUCAUUGCCAUUAAAGGAAUCCUGUACCAAUACAUAUAGUGAGAUUCUUAAGUGUUUUCCCACUUUUCCCUAAAUAUGUCUUCCGAUUAUUAAAGUGGACUAUAAAAGGGAUAAAUAAAAUGCAUGCAAACAGUUAACUCAGCAUGGAAAAAGGUUUUACAAAAAUGAAGCUAGGUCUGAAAGCUUUAAUAUUAAAACAUGCUUUGCUAAUGUCUGGUACUAAUGUGGAGUUGUCUGUAAAUUAUGUCAGUUUUAUAACUCUAGUUUUGGACUCAUAAAAGUUGAUUGCCUUUAUUAAGAAAAGUUGGAAAACAAUUACUCAUGGAGUAGAAAAAGCGUGUUCGAAGUGCCUUAAUUCCGCAGACCAAAGUUUCAGAGGAGUUAUCUAAUGUGCUUUUAUACUUCUGUUUUGAAACAAAUACUCAAUAAAGAAUUUGGCUGAACUGUG